UCAAUCAAACGUCAAAAGCUGAAAAUUUUCUUCAUGUUCGCGAGUGUGUUGGCUGGCUGAUGGAUUGUGCUGUGUCGUGCAAACGCGAAUGGUGAAAAACUCAUUCGCACACGCGUGAUAUUUCAGUGCUGCUGCAGUGGAAAAUCGAUUUUUUUCCGUUCCCAAAUUCGUCGGUGGGUGAUUCCCGUGUGAUUAGUCAUUGUUGCUUCUGCUCCGGUGCGUCGAUUGGUCGUGCGAGUGCAGUCUUUCAAGCGGUGGUGUAAUCACCCGUGUGUGUGAAUCAAUCAGUUAGCGAAGCGCUAGUGCGAGGCCCCAAUCGGUAGGCGGACGGUUUUGAUUGGAAGAGGAAGGAGAAGGAGACCGUAGUAGCAGAGCAGCGCAGCGUAGCGAGAGGCGAGGCGAGAAGCGCACCAUGCAAGGUGUUCUAUUGCACAAUAUUGCUGCCUGUGAUAAAAAGUACUAUUCGUCAUUGUUGCUGGUGAAAAGCGGUGCCAAGUGCGGUUGUUUGUAUAAAACUGGUGCCCCGUGUCAAGGUACUUUCAUUAGCGCUGAGGAAACCCACGGGAACUGUCAAACGAGAAGAUCCUGAUCAUCGUCCUAAUAGCGUAUAGUGGGCGAGUUACGUGAAACAGCUGAAAGAGCGAAAACCGCUGUUAUUAGAAGAAGUGCAAGAAGCCAAUUUUUAUAUUUAGAGCCAACAACUAGUGAAAUAAACAGUGCGAGUGUAGAAGAAAACGAGCAAGAAAGAGAGAGGGAGGAAUAGGAGCUUGAUUUUGAAAUCAGUGUCGCCCAGAGAGCAGUUUGGAUUUAUUGUUCGUGGCAACAGCAGGUACCGAAGCAGCCGUCAAAAUAGGGUCCGAUAGCUAUCGCGGCGGGAGGAAGUCCGGGGCCAACAGCAGCAAGAUGCCUCGCAAUCGAAGGAAAAAUAUGGCCAAUGGCAACUCCCAUCACAACAACGAUUCGGACGACGAUACAUCCAACGACAACGCCAGCGUGUACUCGACUCAAUCGGAAACGUUGAACGAUGCCUACAACAACAACACCGACGGUGACUCGACCCAAGCCGAGGCUGGCAGCGGUUUCGAGAAGCACGAGGAGAAACUGCUGCAGGCGAUCGAGAACGCCACCGACAAGUCGCUCCAGACCCGGAUCAACGCAUUCCAAGUGAUCAACGAAACGCUGGUGCAUCACUACAUCCCGGACUUCAUCGACGACCGCAAGAUGACACUGAUGGACGCCAUCGAGAAGUCCGUCAAGAAGGGCAAGGGAGCAGAGCAGGCCUGGGCCGCGCGGAUCAUCCCGCUGUUGGUGAUCCAGCUCGAGGGAGCCCAGGAAAUCAACGGAAUGAUGAACGUGCUGAAACCGGUCCUGUUGGCGACGGCUCAGGAUGGAGCUGCUUCGUACGAUGCCCGUGCCAAGUGUUGCAUGGCCCUUGGGUUACUAAACUUCCUCGGAACAGAUGACAUCGGAGAUCUACUGCCGCUGAUGAAGAACUUCGAGGGCAUCUUCUCCGGAAGCUACCUCAAGGGAGAUAACACUCCUAGCACUGCCAACGCGGAUGCAGCUGCCCUACACAGUGCAGCUCUCAGCGCAUGGGCCCUGCUGCUGACGUUGAUCCCCUCUGGAGAUCUGGUAUCGCUCGUCAACAGCAACAAUCAGAUGAUUCCAUCGAUCAGUAAGCUGGUGGGAAUGCUGCAAAGCCCUCAUCUGGAUGUCCGGAUGAUCGCCGGAGAAACCAUUGCCCUAAUUCUGGAGAGUGGCCGCUCGCACGACGACACCUUCCUCGAUGACGAACUGCCGGAUCUGAUCGAAGCCACGCAGAAGCUGGCCACCGAUGCGCACAAGUACCGCGCCAAACGGGACCGCAAAGUUCAACGGGCGACGUUCCGUGACGUGCACCGCUAUCUGGAGGAGGACAUCUCGCCGGAAAUCUCCAUCAAGUUCGGCAAGGAAACCCUCCUGCUGGACACCUGGUCGCUGCAUCAUCAGUACAUCUGCCUGCGGAAUGCGCUCGGAUUCGGAAUGAACGUACACCUGGCGGAGAACGAGUUCCUGCGGGACGUGCUGGAGUUAGGCGCCAAAAUGGACGAACUGGAGCGCAGUCUGAAGGUGGCCAAGGCCGAGAAGAAGUUCAUCAAUGCUGCCGCGUUCAAGGCACGGACCAUCACCCGGGGCAAGAACCGCGAUAAACGAUCGGCUGUUGUCAACUAGGGGGGGAUCUGGGGGUGAAUGUUGCUGUAUAUAGAAUCGUGUGAUUUAUAUUUUUUAUGAUUAUAGGAUUUUUUGUUUUAGGCAUUUGAUAUGGAGUUUUUUUUUCGGUAGCAGAACUACCUAUAAAUGUUUAAUUCUAAGAAUUUAUCAUCGGUACCUUACCUACAAAUUUGAAUUUUCCUGUUGAUGAUCUUAGUAAAACGAUUACCGAGAAUCAAACAACUGUGAACGCGUCAUUUUUUUAAUUUUCCAAUCGUUAAAACUUUAUCGAAUUUCGUUAAAUCAAAACUUACACUGAGAUCGUACACUCCGUCUGGUGUGAUCGAUUCCACAAGUUAAGUACGCAUCGUUUCGUUGAAUUUGCUUGAUUUAUCCUCCCUGCGUAGGAACGAGCAGCAAAGGAAAAUCAAAUGGCAAUUAUUUUAUUAACUCAAUCGCAAGAAAUAUUAAUCGCCGAAUUUCCUAAUUAAAGUAGCUGUGGUUAGAAUUGUCGAACUUUCCUUAAUUAUGAUAGCUCCCCGAUCGUAAAAUGACUACUCAAUAUUGCAAAAAAAAAGAAAACGGUAAGUUAAUAUAGUGAAAAACAAAUUGCAUGUAGUAAAAAUCGUUUAUGUGUAUGUAUACCAAUAAAGUCACAACUAGAUUCGUUCUGCAAAAGAAACUAGAAGUGAUCCUGAAAGGGCAAACAAAA